AAAUAAGAAUACAAAAGGGUAACACUUUCUCCCUCCUCUAUCCCUUGCAAUCCAAGUUGCAAGGGGUUAAGAUUUCUGGAGUUUGCCAGGGAGAGAAACACCAUGAGCACCGGCACCAACAAUAUUUCAUCUACUGCUGGGAGUAGGCAAGGCCAGAAUAGUGAUUCAAACCAGACGAACUCACCGGUACCACGAAUAACCUCCUUUCGACCUGCUGACGCAGGUGCUCAGACAACGGAUCCAUGGCAAUUAUUCGAGGAAAGAGUGAGAUGGGGACCUUAUGGCUUAACAGGUUUCCCUGGGCAGUCUCUUUCUCCACUACGAAUUGUCCUCCUGGAUGGCGAAAUAGCAGCAGGAGUUAACCCUCUACCAAGGCAGUUUGUCCGAGAAUUUCCUCCAAGGAGAAGAGGACAAUGGCAUAUCCCUCCAGAGGAAGAACCUAGCCUGACCCCAGAGCAGCAAAGGAAGGCCUUACAGCAAUUGAAGAAGCAUGUGUACAACCCUGCCAGGAACAAACCAAGGAGAUGGACUUUCUACAACAGAGAAAAUGCCAGUAACAGCUCCCAUUUGAAGGAAGAAGAGAGAGAUGAGGAUGGUAAGGGAUGUCCAAUUUGCUUGGAAGACUUUGUUCCCAAUGAGGAGGUGCAAAUGACUCCAUGUAAGCAUAUGUUCCAUUUUAAGUGCAUCCUCCCUUGGGUGAAAAGCCAUGGUCAGUGUCCAGUAUGUAGGUUUGCUCUAUGUGACAUGGACAGGAGAGCUUUGUCCCCAAACAACCUCCCUGGGCUUAGAAAUGACAUCAUGCCGGGAGAUCUUAUCUCGCUCGUGAGGGCAGUGGAAGAGACCUUUGAGUGGUUGACUGUCCCUCGCUAAUACAUAAUCAAAUCAAAGAGAGGAAGCCCAUAAUCAGUAUUGUUGGUGCUGUUAUGAAUAAGUAUGCUGUCUUCAAAUUUGAGA